UCCCUGUCACCCCGUAGGGGCUGGUGCAUUGCCAUCACCCCAUGGGUUUUCUGUCACCCCAUAGGGUUGCUGUCACCCCACAGGGGCUGGUGCAUCGCUGUCAUGCCAUAGGGUCACUGUCACCCCGCAGGGUCGCUUGCCCUGUAGGAGCCGGCGCAUUUCAGUUGCUCACCCCACUGGGGUUGGUGCAUUGUGACCUCCCCACGGGGGCCCGCACCCCACAGGUGGGUGCAUCACACCCUGUGUUGGACCGCAGACCCCCAGAGCUGGGCCGUGGCCGUCCCCACCCAUGGGGUGCUCGUCCCACCGAGCCUGGUGCAUCGCUGUCACGCCUUGGGGGGCUCAUCCCCUUGGGGUCGGUGCAGUGUGCUCACCCCGUGGGGCUGGUGCCCUCUGGCCACCCGGUGCUGAGCCCUCUCCCCCCGCCUCUCCGAGCCUUUCAGCGAAGGAUUUAGUCAGGAGCCCUGGGGACAGCUGGUGGUGUCAGAAGGCAGAUGUGCUGUCCUGCCAGAUGUGGUAUCACUUUCUCUGGCACGUGGAGCCGCAGCCAGUGCAGCAGUGAAAUCUCUGGAUCUGCCUGCCUGGAAGGGACAAACUGUCCGAUGUUUUGUGUUCCGUGCUGCCGAUCCCACCAGAUGGGACAAAAUUCUCCUGUUUGGUCCUUCUGUGGUUUUGCCGGUUUAGUCUGGUCUCGCUUUAAAAGCGCCUUCCUUCUGUAGUGUGCAGCUGUGAUUUGGGGGUGGGAGGGCUUGGAUUUUCUUGGGAACGGUUUGAUUUUAUUUUGAUGGAGUAGGUACCCAGAAUAUUUUCCUCUUUCGUAUCCCAGAAGAGCGUUGAGUGGGUCUGUUUAACUCUGUGCCUCUUGGCCAUCGCUGGUUAUAACAUUUCCUAGAAAUAAACGGGCUUUUAAUGGGUACUUAUGUUUUACAGCUGCAGUAUGUGUGGAGAGAUACGUUUUAACUACAGUUCUUUGAAAUUUGCUGUUAUUUAUCGUUUAAAGUUACGUGAAAGACAGUGCUGCUUGGUGAAAGCAGGCUGGUUUUGUCUCGUGGGGUUUAAGGCAGCGUGUGUUCUUCACACGCAAAUGUAAAGGUGAGCGGGGAUUCAAGUGAGGGUUACUUGAUUUAAAGACAACGGGACGGAGCUGCGUUUUCAUUACACCAAGCUCAUCCUCGUUAACCGGCUCUCAGAGCAGGGAUUUUGCCGUGGAGAUGGGCACUGGCGCAACCUUGCGUUGUCCGUUUUCCCCGUUCCCAUGUUUGGAUCAGAGGCACCCUGUUGUCAGAGCUGUAUUAAAAGAAUUUCUUUUUAAAUCCCUUCUCCGUAGAGCGUGCAUCCCACGCUUCGGACGAGGCGUGCCUUGGCCAGGCUGGCCGCUGUGUUGUCCCUCGUGGCUUUUGCUUUCGCUCCCAAGUUUGUGAAAGGGGCCGGCUUUGCUCCUUCUGGUUGUAUCAGUUAAUACGUGAUCAUCGACAUAUUUACAGUUGUUACCAUUUUGUCUUUUAAAGUGCUCCCUGAUGGGAAACGCGUGUCUGUACGUACGCAGGGUGCCUGCGCUCUGAGCUGUUCGUGCUGCGCGAAGCCUCGGGAACCUGGUUUUUAAUUGUGCUCGAGCUUGAGUUUCGCCUCUGGGAUGCAAAUAACCAUUAGCACCCUUUACAAAGCGGGAUGCGGGCUCUCCCGAUGAGGUGACGGAUCGAUGCUGGGAUUCGUUCCUUGCUUGAUGUGAAUUAUCCCGGGGAGCUGAUCACAGCCGCAUAUGAGCUUGGAGCUUUCUGGCUCAUAUGCUGGAGGAAUCCUUGCUGCGGGGGUGUUUUCAUUUUCUCGUCUAACAUGGCAGUGGUCCAUCGCGGCGGAGGUUUUUAGCUUAAACAAUCUGUUUGUGGGGCUGCUGAUGGCUCUCACCGCGCAUUUUGAGGAGGCAUCCACUGCAAGAGAGAGAUCAAAGGUCUCUAAACUUGGUGCCUUUUGCUGUGGGCUCAGUUUGUGCAAUCAGCACACAAUAGUGCUUUAUAUCGCUUGUAUUGUGCCUUGGGUUCUCUCCCGGCUUUUCAGAAAGACGGAAUUGUCCCUAGGCCAUUUGCUGAAGUUGGGUUUAUGCUUCUUGGCUGGUUUGCUGCCUUAUCUCUAUCUGCCGGCUUCGUCCUACCUCAAUCAAGCCCGUUGGACAUGGGGAGACCAGACGACUUUUCAAGGAUUUUUGACCCACUUUCUCAGGGAAGAAUAUGGGACGUUCAAUCUGGCCAAGUCCGAGACAGGAUCCAGCAUGAGAGAGAUGCUGCUUUUUCAGCUGGCACAGAUGAAGUCGGAGCUCUCCCUUCCCGUCCUCGCCCUGGCACUUGUGGCUUGUGUGAGCACAGCACUGCCGACAAAGCAGCAGAAAUCACCCGUGAUCUGGCUCUUCACCGGAAUGCUCUGUCUUUAUUCCCUUUUCUUUGCUUGGAGAGCAAAUUUGGAUAUUACAAAACCUCUGUUUCUGGGCGUGGUGGAGCGAUUCUGGCUGCAGAGCAGCGCCGUGGUGGCUGUGCUGGCGGGGCUGGGGCUGGCCGUGCUCGCCUCCGUCGGAAGCGCCGUGCUGGAGGGCAGCCGGGCACCGCCGUGGCUGGAGUGGCUUUCCGCUCUUGCUCUCGUCGCUUCUCAAGUUUGGGCAAAUUACAGUGUUUGUGAUCAGAGCAACAAUUAUGUUGUCGAUAAGUUUGCAAGGAAUCUGCUGUCCUCUAUGCCGAUGGGUGCAGUGAUCUUGCUAAGAGGAGACUUACCCGGGAAUGCUCUUCGUUACCUUCAUUAUUGCGAAGGGAUGAGGCCAGAUAUCACCUUGGUGGACCAGGAGAUGAUGACUUAUGAAUGGUAUUUACCCAAGCUGGCAAAGCAUUUACCUGGCGUUUAUUUUCCUGGGAACCGGUGGAAUCCUGUGGAAGGAGUAUUACCCGAUGGGACACUUGCUUUUAAUCUCCAUCGUUUCCUCCAAGUAAAUAAACAUAAGGAAGUGUUUGUCUGCAUAGGUCUUCAUGAAGGGGACUCGACCUGGAGAAGGAGCUAUUCGCUCUGGCCAUGGGGUACGUGUGAAAAGUUGGUUCCUUCCAACGUUGUCUUUGACCCAGAGGAGUGGAUUCAUCUUACAAGAAAUCUCUAUAACUGGACUGAAGACUACGGCAGUUUCAAGCCCUCUUCCUGGGAAGCUGUCGCCAACGAGGAGAUGUGGCAAGCCAGGAUGAAAACAGCUUUCUUUAUAUUUGACCUUGCAGAAACUGCCAGCGUGACUGCAGAAAUUAAAUCACAACUUUACAGAUUUGCAUACAGUUCAUACAAAGAAAUUGUCAACUCUCAUCCAAAUCACCCAGUGAACUGGCACAAAAACUACGCCAUCGCCUGUGAGAGGAUGUUGCGUCUCCGUCGGGUGGAUGUGGAUCCCGAAGUGUUGCUCUCUGAAACUGUGAAACACUUUCUUCUGUACACCGAGAAAGCGGAGGACGAUCCCCAGCGGCCGGAUAUUCUGCAGGCUGUGAAGCACCUGAAGAAAGAGCUGCAGGGGCUGAGGAAAAUGAAAGAAGAUCUGAGGCGGCGAGCUGGGUAGUGCCCGGUCCUCCACCCGCCUGCUGAAGUGCGGAAAUUUUGAAGUCAGGACUUAAAAUCUGAAUUAGUCCUUGCCAACAUGAGAAUGGUUUUGAAAGGCGACAGAAGUGGCAGCAGAGAAGAAAUCAAGCGUGAUUGCCUCUGCAGGAACGUACUGUUGUUUGGUCUUUGAUUGCUGUUGCCAAAUGAACUGUUUGUAUUGUUUUGCGUAUGGGGAAAAAAGCUCAUUGCUAAAUAAAAUACUGGGUUUCAAAAA